AUGCAUUCCAGUGCUCUUGUUGGUCUCUUGGCUUUGGCCGCCGCCGCAACUGCUGUUCCUCACAAGCCUCGCUCCGCUCACUCAGCCUCGUCGAUUGAGAACUUGAAAUCUCACGUCAAGAAUGUCGUUGUUCUCGUGAUGGAGAACCGCUCUGUGGACAACCUCCUUGGUGGCCAGAGAAUUGCUGGUCUGGAUAACCCCAUCAACAACGGUCCUUUCUGCAAUCCUUACAAUGUGACCGACCCCUCCCAAGGUCACCACUGCUCUGUUGCUAAAGACUAUGACUCUGUUACCGACGACCCUAGUCAUGCUGUCACUGGUAACACCAUGGAGUUCUACAGCCAGUGGACUCCUGACAACGCCGCCAUUGCCGAUGGCAAGUUGGUCGCCAACAACAACGGUUUCAUUCACGAGCAGAUCCACAACUAUGGUGCUUCCGCCAACGAAACUGUCAAGGCUAUGCUGGCCAAGCAGGUCAUGAACUACUACACAGAGGACCAGACCCCUGUUCUGACCUCCCUGGUUCAGAACUUCUUGACCUUCAACCACUGGCACUCUGAUAUUGCUGGUCCCACUGACCCCAACCGGUUCGCUGUCGUCGCCGGUACCUCCGCAGGCCACGGUUCCAAUGAUGACACUUUCGGGACCUACGCCUUUACCCAACGCUCCAUCUUCGAGCAGCUUGGUGAGACGAACCACACCUGGCUCAACUACUGGGACACUGCUGGCGGUACCGGACCCGAAGCCCAGUGGUUUGCCUGGACCAAGGCCACCAGCAACGAGAACAAGGUCGUCGACAUCGAGCAGUUCUACACUGAUGCCGCCAAGGGAGCUCUGCCCGAGUUCUCCUACCUGAACCCCUCAUGCUGCGGUGUCGGCACCACAUCCAUGCACGACAGCGGCCUCAUCUCCGACGGUGAAGCCUUCAUCAAGAAAGUCUAUGACUCCCUCCGUGCCGGCCCCCAGUGGGAAGAGACUCUCUUCGUCCUGACCUUCGACGAGAGUGGUGGUUUCCACGACCACGUCCCCCCACCCCUGGCCACUCGUCCCGACAACCUGACUUACACCGAGAAGGCCACCAACGGCGAGGAGUAUACUCUCGAGUUCAACCGUCUCGGUGGUCGUAUUCCCACUCUGCUUAUCUCUCCUUGGGUCAGCAAGGGCUACGUUGAGCAGAAGGGCACCAACCACCGUGGUCAGUCCCAGUCCUACUCGGCUACUUCCCUGCUCCGUACCCUCGGUUACCUCUGGGACUUCGAGCCGUUUAACCCCCGUGUGGAGGAUGCGGCCUCCUUUGAGCACUUGAUUCAGAGCUCUCCUCGCAAAAACACUCCCAAGGUGCUCCCGACUCCUCAUGCCUUCUCCCGCUAG